UCUUUUCGGCCUCAUAUUUUGGCCCGUUGCAAUAGUGUCCGUUGAACAGUCAUGGCUGACGUUCGCGCCAAUUGACGUUCCGUUUUCACAAAAAAAAGUCUACAUCCGCGAGUGUUGUGCCAGUGUCAAAGUGACAUUUUAUUUUUUCGCGGGAAACUUUUUUAGUUUAGGUAAAAUGUCAACGGCACAGUGAAGAAUUCAAAAUGGCGGCCAUCGAAACUUGCAACAUGACGAAUACCGAAGUGGAAAAUUUGAGAAACCUAAAAAAUUGUGUUAAAAAACAAUUGUUUUUAGAAAAAAGUGCAAAUGACCCGGUGAAAAUUCUAAAUAGUUGUGUAGAUAACCUAUGUAGUGAUAUUAAUAUAAGUCGGGAUGUUAAUUUAAAUGAAACUAGUAGACUGUCGGAAAUUCAACGGUUUUAUCAUGGAAAGAAUAUACUUAUAACCGGAGCUACAGGGUUUCUCGGCAAAAUCCUGGUGGAGAAACUUCUACGUUCGUGUCCUGGAGUGGAGAACUUAUACCUGCUGGUGAGACAGAAGAAGGGGAAGGACAUCUAUACCCGGAUAGAGGAGAUAUUCGAGGAUCCUGUGUUCAACCGGCUAAAACAGGAGGUGCCGAAGUUCCGUCACAAAGUGGUGGUGGUCCCGGCUGACUGCGAAGCGGCGGGUCUAGGGUUGACCAUUAGCGAUCGGCAGAUGUUAGUAGACAAGGUGAACAUAAUUUUCCAUUCGGCAGCAACAGUGAAGUUUGAUGAGCACCUGCGAGCAGCGCUGGUCACCAACGUGAGGGCACCGCUACACCUCCUGCGACUUGCAAGGGACAUGAAGGGACUUGACGUACUGAUGCACAUAUCGACGGCAUACUCAAACUCGCACCUACCCCUCAUCGAGGAGAGGUUCUACUCGUGCGACGCGAACUGUGAGCAGCUGCAUCAGAUGGUCGACAAACUGACAGACAGCGAGAUCGACAACGCUUUACCUACUAUCUUGGGCCCGUGGCCGAACACGUACACAUUUACCAAAGCUCUAGCGGAGAAGGAAUUGAGGGUCAACGCUGGUGGCAUGCCCAUCGGAAUAUUCCGACCGGCCAUAGUGACGUCAACAGCGAAGGAACCAUUAAAAUGUUGGAUCGACAAUAUGUACGGACCCACAGGCGUUUCUGUCGGCAGUGCAACGGGUAUCCUGCGCACCCUGAACUGCAGCGAGUCCGUGACGGCGGAUAUAGUACCAGUGGACCUGGUUGUCAACUGCCUGAUGGUCGCCGCGGCACAUGUCCACAACGCUUACAAACAGAGUACUCCACCGCCGGAGCCGCCCAUCUUUAACUACGUGAGCUCGGUGGAGAACAGAAUCACGUGGGGGGACUUCAUGAAGCAGAACAUGGCCAGGGUGGACCUCCAUCCGUUCUCCAACGCUGUGUGGUACAUCUGCCUGAAGCUGACUCCAUCAGUGCACCUGAACAGGUUCUACAUGUUGUUCCUCCACCUGAUCCCCGCUGCGCUGGUCGACGGGCUGGCCGUGUGUGUGGGGAAGAAGCCAAAAAUGCUGAAGGUGUACCGUAAGAUCCACAAGUUCUCUUCAGUGAUCAGCUACUUCUGCACGCGCGAGAUCCAGUUCUGCAACGUGAGGACCCGAGAACUGUGGGAGAGAACUGCGCCUGACGACCGGAAGAUAUUCCCGUUCAGCAUGUCAGAAGUGCAGUGGAGCGAGUAUUUCGAAGAAUACCUGGCGGGCAUCAGGCGGUACCUGUUCAAGGAAGGAGACAACACGCUGCCACAAGCCAGGAUUAAGUGGAGAAGGUUAUACUAUCUGCAUCAGAUAGUAAGGAUUGUUUUCUACGUCCUGGCUUUGUACGUGUUAUGGAGAACGCUCUCAAUGUUGUUUUAACUAGUUUAUCAUCAUCACCAGCCCAUUAACGUCCCCACUGCUGGGGCACGGGCCUUCCCUAUGGAUGGAUAGGCAGUUCGGGCCUUAAACCAUCACGCGGGCCCAGUGCGGAUUGAUGGUUAUUAACGACUGCUAAUGCAGCCGGGACCAACGGCUUAACGUGCCUUCCGAAGCACGGAGGAACUCGAGAUGAAAACUUUUUUCUUUUUUUUUUGUGGUCACCCAUCCUAUGACCGGCCUUUGCGAAAGUUGCUUUACUUCAACAAUCGCAGACCGAGCGCGUUGACCGCUGCGCCACUGAGCUCCCUAGUUUAUCACCACAACACAAUACAAGCUAGAAGGAAAGAGAGGAAGGGGAAGACCAAGAAGAUCUUACAUGGAACAGAUUAAAGAAAAGGUUACCGUCGUGUCUUAUAGGGAAGUCAAGGUAUUGGCGUUUGAUAGACUGGAAUGGAAAAUGCUACACCGACAAGAGCGUGGCUCUUAAAUUGAUGAUGAUGAUCAUCACAUGGUGAAUACAUUCAAAAUAAACCAUUUUGACGAGAUUUUUGCUAACAUAACCACGCAAUAUCAUUUUGUGAUCACUAGUUUGGUUAGGACAUAGGCUGAUCACCUGAUUGUCCGACAGUAAGAUGAUGCUGUUGGUCCCGGUUGCUACUUACUGAUGUAAGUAUGUAGUCGUUACAUGAGCCAUGUCAGGGGCAUUUGGCGGCUCAAUAAUAACCCUGACACCAGGGUUGAUGAGGCUGGAAUACAUCUCAUAACCCAGUAAAUAGUAACCGGGACCAACGGCUUAACGUGCCUUCCGUAGCACGGAUCAUCUUACUUUCGGAUCUGACUUAAACAUAGACGGCAAGAAGUGGGUGUAUAAUACACCUCUGCCUACCCCUUCCGGGACGGAAGCGUGGUGUUAUGUUAAAUACACCUGCUAUUAAAUAUCGUACAAAUUAUGUGUAUAUCAUAUGUAAGUACUUGACUCAGUUUAAGGCCUUUGACUUUUAACUGUGUAGCUUCGUGUGUAGGUCACUGUGUAGGUCCCACCUCCUAAUUUUAUUUUAAGCUAUACCCGUCAUUUUCUUAUCCGCCGAAAAGGAAAGGGACGGAUGAUUGUCAACAAGUUAAUAUGAAAAUGAAUGAAUAACCCGUGCGAAUAAAAUAGGCGUCUCGCUGGUUUGCAAUCCGUUUGACGUGCUGUCUACUUAAUUCUUCUACUCGUCCCUUUCUUUUUCAACGGAUAAGAAAAUGACAGGUAUAACUUAAAAUAAAAUUAUAUGGCGUCUGCAGGAAUCGGGGUCCAAUACUUAAGUACAUGUUCAAAGCUUGUUUAUUUUUUAUUGGUAAAGCGGAAUUAUGUACUUAUAAAGGAUUCUACCAAUACGGUAAGAAGAAGAAUAUUUCUUUAUAUGGGUUUUAUUUUUGGUGUAUUGUAAAAGUUGGGUUAUAACGGGAUAGAAUUACUCAUAAAAAAUCGCCCCCUGGCGAACUAGAGCGGGUAAGGAGCAUACUCCACCACGCUGCUCCACUGCGGGUUGGUGGAGAAACAUCCAAUCAACUGAAAAGUUCAUUUUGAUUUGAUUUGGUUUAGCCAUAACAUAAACAGCCCAUAUAAGUCCCACUUCCAUCAACCUGAGAGGGUAUGCAGCAUACUCCACCACACUGCUCCACUGCGGGUUGGUCUAGCCAUUACAUCAAAAAAAUGACAAUAUUAGCAUCCCAUAAUCUCUUAAAUUCAUAUUUUUAUUCAGUUAUUACGUAUGUACAUUAUAAGUUUCGGGUAGAACCAUAAACAUUUUACAAAAUAUUUAAACAACAUACAACCAAAACAUAUUUUUAAGAUUCAACUGUAAUUAAUUAAUUAUCGGCUCAAAUAGUAGUAAUUAUUGUAAAUUUAGUUGUGUUAUUGAUAAAAAUAUUAUUAAUUAUAUUGAUUGGAAUGAAAGCAGGAUAGAGAUAUAGUACAUCGCAUAGUACGAAAGGGACGUGAGAUAUGUCUCUUUCGCACUAACGGUAUACAGCUUAGUACCUACGAAAGAGAUGAGAGAUGUAUAAGUACCUAUCUCUUUCUGAUGCUUUCUUACUUUAACGGAAAUCAUGAAAAUAAUAUUCUUCAAAAGGACUUAAGAUUAAUACCUACCGUUUUAAUUUCUUAAUCUUUUCAGAUAAAAUAGUAAUAAGUUAUUAUAAUAAUAAUGUAAGCGAACAAAAUACAUUUAUAUAUUUUUAUACGAAUGUUGAUUUUUAAUAAAAUAUUCCUAACAUUUGUCAAAAUUCCAAACAAAAUCCAAAGAUUUUGAGACAAACAAUACGGCAAGCUUUUGAAAUAUCUUAUUUUUUUAUUAUUUAAGUAAAAGUGAAUUUUGAUUUUUGUUACGAUUUUUUUACUCUUAUUUUUGAAAUAAAGUUAUUUUUAUA